UUCCACUGCUUUUGGUCACCCGUCAUGUCGUGGUCCGAGCAAGUCAAGGCAGAGCAGCAAGCCGCCGAGGCAGCAGUUGCAGCUGCAGCCACAGCUUCAUUCACUCCAACCACUCCUGCUCCUCCACCUUCUUCAGCGAGUGCUGCUGGUGCUUCGGAUGGUGGGAAUGUUGCUGUGGGGGAUGACCCUGAGUUUACUACUUCUGCUGAAAAGAUGGAGGCGCUGAAGAAGUGGGGCCUUGGGUAUGGCCUUGAUAACCGUGAGGCUGAGAUUCAAGUUGCCAUGGCCGACCCGAACUCGCCGCUCUACACCGAUGUUGACUCGUUUGAUGACCUUGGUCUGACGGAUGCCAUUCUUCAGGGCAUUCGGGUCAACAUGAAGUUCAGCAAGCCAUCGGCCAUUCAGGCCAAGGCAUUCCCGCUCAUUCUGGCAGAGCCGCGUUCGAACCUCCUCGCUCAGGCUCAGUCGGGUACGGGCAAGACGGCUGCCUUUGUGGUCGGCAUGCUCUCUGUGGUGGACGGGAGCAACCCGAAGACCCAGUCGCUCUGCCUUACACCGGCUCGUGAGCUUGCGCAGCAAACGUACGGCACCAUCGCAUCGAUGGGUGAGUUUACCGGAUACACCAUGGCGUGCCUGGUGGCGCAGGACAAGGACAAGAAGAAGAAGAAGCGGCGCGGCAAGGCCAAGCCCGGCCCGCCGAUCGACGCCCAGAUUGUGGUGGGUACGCCCGGAACGGUCAUCCGCUGUGCCGACGACGGCUCGCUCAACCUCAGCGACGUCAAGAUGCUCGUCCUCGACGAGGCUGACUACAUGAUUGCCGGCAACAUGGCCGACAACUCGAUCCGCAUCAAGGACAUGCUCCCGGCUGGGGUGCAGAUUCUCAUGUUCUCAGCAACGUUUGACGACGACGUCUGGGAGUUUGCCGCCCACACGGUCGGCAAGUGCAACACCAUCCGGCUGCAGCACAAGGAGGUCCGCCUCAAGAAGAUCAAGCAGUUUACGGUGCUGUGCGACUCGGAUGACGCCAAGUUUGAUGUCAUCUGCGAGAUCUACGCCCGCCUCAGCGUCGGGCAGAUGAUCAUCUUUGUCGACACCAAGGCCACCGCGCAGGACCUUGCCAACAAGCUCACUGCCGCCGGGCACUCGGUCUCGAUGCUCACGUCCAAGCUCUCGCCGUCGGAGCGCGACGCGGCGCUCGACGACUUCCGCGAGGCGCGGACCAAGGUUAUGGUCGCCACCGACGUCCUCGCUCGUGGCAUUGACAUUCAGUCGGUCAACAUUGUCGUCAACCUCUCCAUGCCCACGGACGACGUCGCACGCGUCAUGGCCAACCCGGCGACCUACAUCCACCGCAUCGGGCGUGCAGGCCGGUUCGGCCGCUCCGGCAUCGCCAUCAACCUCAUUCUCAAGAACUCGACCGACGCCAAGAACCUCCAGCGCAUCGAGUCGUUCUACGGCCACAAGACCACUCCGCUCGCUUUUGACGAGAUCCCCUCGCUCGGUGAGGCCUUUACCGUCGACGUCUCUGAAAACGCCCUCGUCGCUCUCGAGAACGACGACGACCAGGGCAUCCUCUAGCCGCGGUGUCACUCACUCGCCAACCAGCGUGUAAAUAGCCGUCCCACC